CCUAAACAGACUAAUACUUAUCAAACCGAGAUGCGAUAAAAAUCCGACUUCAAGCCCUGUUCACAUCGACAAGUCAAAAUCCAGCAGGCCUAGGAGUGCUGAGAGCCUCGCGGUAUUUUUUCCCUCAAUUAUGUCGUUAUAUCAGAUCACGGAGUCCCAUCCCAAACCACUGCAAGCCCUCUUAGGGGGGAUUGGCAUUGCGUUGUCUGUUCAUUCUCUUCUGGUGCUUAAUGGAUCUGUCCUUGGGGUUUCUGGCUUCGUUCAUCGCUCAUUUCGAGGAGAUAAAUCAGCAAUGGCUUCCGUCAUGGGUCUGGCUCUAGGAGGUAUUGCAGUUGGUAUCAUCGGUGAUGUGGACACCCCGGAGCCCCAGGCCAGGUCCUCGCUUCUUAGAAUGGCGUUUUCUGGGUUGCUCGUCGGUAUGGGGACGAAGCUAGCCAACGGAUGCACCUCAGGCCAUAUGAUCUGCGGAUUGUCCCGUUUUUCUCUUCGUUCUCUGGUAGCAACGGCCACGUUCUUUGCAAGUGCCGUAGCCACAACCCACUUCGUCCACGGAGAUGCUCUUGGAAUAUCUGGGUCUUGGGAUUGGGCUCUUGAUAACCAGGGACGACAAUUCGUGGGUGCAACUCUUGCCCUUUGCAUUCUUUGGUUUGCAUACACGUGCACGGCUCUCAACAAUGACACUAGCGACAGUUCGAAACUUGUGAGCUGGCAAAUCCAUUCUUGUGAUAAACUUGUGCCAAAUAUGCCCCAGUUCAUUCUUCGCUAUUUGACGAGCUUCUUAUCAUCGUUAGCUUUUGCAUUCUCCAUCCGCCUGGGCAAUAUGGUCGAUCCACACAAAGUUCUAGCAUUCUUGAUCUCACCAUUGUCUUCGGCAUUCGAUCCAACGCUCAUGUUCCUUGCAGGCAGCGCUCUGCCUCUGGCUACCCUGCUAUAUCGAUAUGCACGCGUAGAGCAACCUAGGUUCGGUGGCAAAUGGAACAUUCCGACUUCGACCAAAAUCGACCUGAGGCUCAUACUUGGUUCAUUAAUAUUUGGGAUGGGAUGGGGGAUCGGUGGUGUCUGUCCUGGUCCUGCUUUAGUCAAUUUCGGACGUUUUCUGUUUGCUGGCGUUGGUUUCGCGGAGUAUGUGGUUUGGCUUGUAUUCAUGGGCCUCGGUGGCUUGUUUGUUAAGUGAUGUGGUCACCACAGUCGCGUCGGAUUGGAAGCUUCAACAACCAAGGAUUAUUAGGAUUUUGUCUUACAUCACGGCUCGAUCAAUCACACAGCACGUCUCUUCAAGACGAAUAAUGUAUAUCAUACACUAACUA